AUGCCAAGUUAUGUUCAAUUUUUAAAAGACAUUUUGCAUAAAAAGAGGAGGUUGAACGAAUUUGAAACGGUUGCUUUAACCAAGGAAUGUAGUGCGCUCCUUACUUGUAAAAUUCCUCCCAAAUUAAAAGACCCGAGAAGUUUUACCAUCCCGUGUUCGAUAGGAGGAAAAGAAGUAGGCCACGCCCUAUGUGAUUUGGGGGCAAUCAUUAAUCUUAUGCCAUUGUCAGUUUUUAACAAGCUAGGAAUAUGUGAAGUUCGUCCAACGACCGUGACUUUACAAUUGGCCGAUAGAUCCAUUGCGUAUCAUAAAGCUAAAAUUGAGGAUAUUUUGGUCCAAGUCGAUAAAUUUAUUUUUCCGGCCGAUUUUCUAGUUUUGAACUAUGAAGCUGACAAGAAUGUCCCCAUCAUCUUAGGACGACUUUUUCUUGCAACCGGGAGAACCUUAAUUGAUGUUCAAAAGGGGGAGUUGACCAUGAGAGUUAGUGAUCAAGAAGUUAAAUUUAAUGUGUUUAAUUCUCUUAAGUUUCAUGGAGAGGUAGGCGAUUGUUCAGUCAUAUUUGCUUUAGGUGAAGAUCUAGAAAUAAGUUUGAUUGACUUUCCCUACAAAAAUCACAAUGGGAAAAAUCUUGAGGAUAUUUUGGAAGAAAAUGAUGAGUUGGAAGAUAUGGAAGAUUUGGAAGAUUUAGCGGCAUUUGAGCAACUUGACUUUAAGGAUAAAAUUGUCCAACCACCAUCCAUAGAGAAAGCCCCUGAUUUGGAGUUAAAGCCAUUACCUAGUCACCUUAAGUAUGUUUUUAUCUUAUGGAGGAGAAAAAAUUACCCGUAA